AGUGGAGAAGUGGCAGGCAACAUCCUCCCCCAUUGGAACCUGAACAAAUUCAGACAUCGUCAUCAGCAGGGUGAAAAAGUGAAGAUCUCUGGUCCCCCCACGCUUCCUCCACGCCUUCCCCGCCUGAGGGACAUACCUUAAAUACCAAGCUUUUCUCGAGCAUUGAAGCCAUGUCCCCAGAGGUCAAUGCCCAUAGCUCCGCGAAGAAAAGAUAUCCUUGGCUCAAAAUGACUGCUGUAUCUGUGCUAGUGGCUGUACUGGCCCUGUUAGGCCCAUCACUCUCUUCCCGGGUCGAGGGGAGCAGUCUUCCUGCCCAGGCUCAAGUUAUUAACCAAAGAUCAUUCAAUGUUCUGAAUACGACUCAGCCUCCAGCUGUAUUCAAUGCGGAGAGUCUUUUCGUUCCUCCGGGAUACACGGCGGAAAGCCUUGUCAAGCGUCCUUUCCAUGUGUACGACGAGGAAUUCCUAAAGAUCAUCGGAAAGAGUCCUACUCUUACCCGGAUUGCGCACUCACCGAAGGAUCCUCUGUUCCAUGAGGCAGUCGUCUGGUCAAAAGAGACAGACGAGGUUUUCUUCGUCCAGAAUGCCGGUGCCAAAGAUGCAGACACGGGACUCCACAAGUCGGCCAUCAUUGAGAAGAUCUCUCUAGCAGACGCAGCUUCUGUCUCGAAUAAGAGCGAUGCCGCUGGCCUUGUCAAGGUCACCACGGUACCCUCGUCGCCGAUGGUGAUCAACCCCAAUGGGGCAACCAAUUAUCGGGGACAAUUCAUCUUCACCGGUGAAGGUCAAGGAAAUAACACGCCUCCUGCUUUGUGGCUCAUGAAUCCGCAGAGCCCAUACAACACGACCGUCCUCCUGAACAACUACUUCGGUCGCCAAUUCAAUUCCUUGAACGACGUAGUCAUUCACCCGAAGAACAAAGAUGUCUAUUUCACCGACACGAUCUAUGGAUAUGUCCAGGAUUUCCGUCCAGCGCCUGGUCUGCAGGACCAAGUCUAUCGGCUCAACCCGGAUUCUGGUGCUGUGACAGUCGUUGCUGAUGGAUUUGUUCAUCCCAAUGGUCUUACAUUUUCGCCCGAUGGUGAGUACGCAUAUGUCACUGAUACUGGCAUUAACUACGGCUUCUACGGAAUGAAUUAUACGCAAGCCGCUUCGAUUUACCGCUUCGACGUGAAAAAAGACGGUACCCUCGAUAACCGCAAGGUUUUCGCCUUUGUCAACGCCGGUGCACCUGAUGGCGUUCACUGUGACUCUUGGGGCAACGUGUACGCCGGAUGUGGCGAUGGCGUCCACGUAUGGAAUCCCUCUGGCAAGCUCAUUGGCAAGAUUUAUCUCGGUACUACUUCGGCCAAUUUCAACUUUGCUGGGAAGGGGCGGAUGGUUAUUUGUGCUGAGACGGAGCUUUAUUAUGUUACGUUGGCUGCGGAUGGGAACUAUAUCGAGAGUGAGAUGUAGGAUGGAGAUCAGCAAGUAUUUAUGAUACAGUGCGAGUUCGGAAUUCUA